AAGAGAAAGAGGUUGGGUUUGAGAGGAGUGACGGGUAUAAAAGGCAAUCACACAGAAAAGGAAUUACUCCUUGGAUUCACUCCUGAGAUAAACCUCUUCUUUAGACCAUGAAGCUCAAGUCCGUCACAGAAAGCUUUGCCAAAGUGAUCCAUGGCUUGAAAGUGGGACACCUGACAGAUCAUGUUAUUCAGAGGAGCAAGAGGAUGAUUCUGGAUACGCUGGGCGUUGGAUUCCUGGGAACCAGUACAGAAGUGUUUCACAAAGCCAACGAAUAUAGUAAAAUCUACAGUUCCAAUGUAUCCAGCACUGUUUGGGGGCGGCCAACCUUGAGACUCCCACCGACAUAUGCUGCUUUUGUCAACGGUGUGGCUAUUCACUCAAUGGAUUUUGAUGACACGUGGUAUCCUGCCACCCACCCUUCUGGAGCUGUCCUUCCUGUCCUCAUGGCUUUAUCAGAAGCCCUACCUCCAAGUCCAAAGUUUUCUGGUCUUGACCUUCUGCUUGCUUUCAAUGUUGGGAUUGAAGUGCAAGGCCGACUAAUGAAUUUUUCCAAGGACGCCAAUGACAUACCGAAAAGAUUCCAUCCCCCGUCGGUGGUAGGAACUUUGGGUAGUGCUGCUGCUGCAUCCAAGAUUUUAGGGCUCAGCAUGACAAACUGCCAAAAGGCCUUGGCUAUUGCCGUUUCUCAUGCCGGGGCACCCAUGGCAAAUGCCGCCACUCAGACCAAGCCUCUUCAUAUGGGCAAUGCUGCCAGGCAUGGGAUAGAAGCUGUUUUUCUGGCAGUGCUGGGUCUCCAGGGAAACAAGCAGGUCUUGGACACGCAGACUGGAUUCGGGGCCUUCUAUACCAACUACUCCCCCAAAGUCCUUCCAAACCUAGAUUCUUACACUUGGCUCCUGGACCAGCAGGAUGUGGCUUUCAAGAGUUUCCCUGCACAUCUGGCCACCCACUGGGUGGCAGACGCCGCUGCAUCCGUGAGGAAGCACAUUGUAACAGACAGAGCCAUGUGUCCCAUUGACCACAUUGAGAGAAUUGUGCUCAGAAUUCCAGAUGUCCAGUAUGUAAACCGGCCUUUCCCAGACUCGGAGCAUGAAGCCCGUCACUCCUUCCAGUAUGUGGCCUGUGCCAUGCUGCUCGAUGGCGGCCUCACGGUUUCAUCAUUCCACAAACACCAGAUCAACAGGCCGCAGGUGAGAGAGUUACUUUGCAAGGUGGAGCUGGAGCAUCCUCAGGACAACCUGCCAAACUUCAACACACUAUACUGUGAGAUAAGCAUCACCCUCAAGGAUGGAGCCACCUUCACGGAGCGCUCGGAUACCUUCUAUGGUCACUGGAGGAAGCCACUGAGCCAGAAGGACCUAGAGGCCAAGUUCAGAGCCAAUGCCUCCGGGAUGCUGUCCUGUGAUGCAGUAGAAAGACUUAUAAAGAUAGUAGACAACCUGGAAGGUCUAGAGGACUGUUCUGUGUUAACCUCACUUCUGAAAGGACCCUCUCCAUCAGAGAUGAUUUCACAAUCUAUCUAGCAUUUAAUAAUUCCAUAGUACAAUAUCUAAAUGACUUUAUAUUUGGGGAAAUUCAAUGAUUGGCUUUGCAAAGCAGAGCAAAGGUCUGCUCUUGGUUUGCCCAGAACUAAAUGCAGCAUGGUGGAGGGAGUCCAGACAGAACUGGGUAUCUAUGAAGGAGUCUUGUCCUAUUCAUUUGCAAGACUGUUCCAAUGACCUACAAGCAUUCAUAAAGCUGAAUUUCAAGUCACCUGUGACUUCCUUAUAAAAUUAAUAUUUUCAGAGGAAUUGUAUGAACUUCAUGAACCUCAGGUGUGAGAAGACUUUGAACCUGUACAUUUUUUUGCUGACAGUGGAGAAGUGCUCUGGUCUGCUGUGCCACCGACAGAUUUCUUAGAUCAGGGGUUAUAGAAGCUCUCCACGGUGGAAGGGAUGAUGUUGAGUUUAAAUAUAAGAGCUUAGUGGGUUAAAAUCCUGCCUCUGCAACUUACUAGAUGUUACUAGGUGUCCUUCUGCCAUAGUUUCUCUAUUUUGUAAAGCAGAAAUAAAAAGCAGUUUAAAAAAACAAAGCGGCUUUGCUUCAGAAGCCACGCUCUUAACCACUGCAUUAUGUCACCUUUCAUUAUUAAAAAGAAAGGUUUUUGGGAAAUGAAUAACGAAUGAAGAGUCCGAGAUAUAAUAAAAGAAUGACAACAAGAGCGUCAACCUAUGAAUCAGGAGCUCACAGUUCGAUUCCCGGUCAGGGCAUGUUCCCAGGGUGCGGACUCAAUCUCCAGUGUGGGUGUACAGGAG